AUACAAAGCCCAAGCCCCAGCUUAUACACCAGCAGUGUGAAAAAAUAACAUUGAAAGAUAAAUCCUUGGGGGAUUGCAAGCUUUCGCUGUGCGGUUGCGGUCGCUCCCCUUCCCGACUCCGGCCAGAAGCAGCGACGGUGCCGGCAGCCGGUUACUCCACUCGGCGGCGGCCCAUCCUUUCAUGUUUUCUCCUCCAGUCCUACAAAUACAGGACACAACACGCUUGCUCUUGUGAUACUCUAUUAAGAAUGUUUUGCUUGAGGAACUACUGGUCGCCUGCAUUUGCUUCAGUAAAGGAGGGGCCUGUUCGACAUCAUAUAAAGUUUAAUUGUGUAGUGGUUUGUGGUGCCAGGGGUCCAAGACCGAGAUAUCCCCGUGUAUGGAAAACUCGUAAGAAAAUUGGGACUAUUUCCAAGUCACAGAAGCUUGUUGAAUGUAUUAAAGGUCUGUCUAAUGUAAAGGAGGAAGUUUAUGGAGCGCUUGACUCUUUUGUUGCAUGGGAACUGGAGUUUCCCUUGAUAGUAGUAAAGAAGGCACUGAAGAAACUUGAAGACGAAAAGGAAUGGAAACGAAUAAUUCAGGUCAUUAAAUGGAUGUUCAACAAAGGUCAGGGGAAGACAAUGGGGAGCUAUUACACCUUGUUGAAUGCUUUGAUCGAGGACGGACGGAUUGAGGAAGCAGAAGAGUUAUUUAGAAUGGUAUUCUCACGAUAUAUGGAGGGUUUGCCUCGUACAUUUUUCAUGAGAAUUAUUUCUUUCUAUUACAGUGCUGGAGAGCAUGAUAAGAUGUUCGAGAUUUUUGCUGAUAUGGAGGAACUAGGCGUAAGACCAGAUGGUUCUAUUAUCAGGAUGCUAGGUGAUGUAUUUCAAAAGAUAGAGAUGAUGGACAAAUACGAAAAGUUAAAAAAGAAAUACCCACCACCGAAAUGGGAAUAUCGAUACAUCAAAGGCAAGCGCAUUAGAAUUAGAGUUUACCCUGAUAGUAAAACUGAAGAGACGGCAAAAGGAGACCAUGACAAUGAUGAACUCGGAGAGGUAGAAAGUAUACAGCUUGAUAAUGAAUUGGAAGAAGAAGCAAGCUCAGGCCUCGACAGGAGUGUAUUGGACGAUGCAACUUGUGGAGACCUUGAAUAUAUAUAAUUCAGAGCUUCCAUUUGGUUUUUUUUAAUGCCUGCUUAAUCAAAGCGGCCUGGAGCAAAUUGAACCGGUAACAUCCUAGAACCCAUGCCGUUGUACUUCUAAAACACGGGCAUCGAUAUCUUCAGAUCUAUUUUACUUGGAUUGACUAGAAACUAUGUGUCAUGCGUUUUCCCAUCAGCAGUCCUUUUCAUGACAUUGUGGUGAUUUUACCACGAGAUGUGUUCUUCAGAGUUCGGUUACUUGAUUUAUCUGAUUCACAAGCAUGAGGCUCAUGCUUUUCUUGAAA